AUGUCGCUGUGCACUUGGGCCAGUGAUGACUCCGACUCUGACUGCGACGAGGUCAGGUUUGAUGGUCAGAUACCGCAACCUCCAGUUUAUCGGCUGCUGGAUGCUGCAGUUCCAGAUCAAAAGGUCGCAUAUAUUCCAGGCUUCCUUGCGGCCAAAGACAUAAGCCGCAUUCACCGUACAGCACAGAGGGAGGAUGUGAAGGUGGUCAAUGAUCGCGACGAUUCUUUAGUGUACAAACAUGAGGUGUGGAGGAUCGAGUUUGCCUUGAAGGAGGACUGCCCGGAGGUGUACCACCGCCUCAUGAAGACUGCCUGGGCCGGCAGAAGCAGAGCAGCCUUGGAUGCAGAGCUUGGGUGGCAAGGAAUCGAUGAGGGAAAGACGGUCCUCUUUCCUGAGAUCGAGUACAUCGUCUACGACGUCAAGCAGCUCAAGGCCCCCGGGAGCAUCCAGCGGCACCGGGACAAUGGGUCUCGGGUGACGGCGGUGGUGCUGCUCUCAGACCCCAGGGCCUUCCAAGGAGGCGUGAAUUGCUUCGAUGGGGAGUUCGAUGAGCCCUCGAGAAGUCUGAAGUUGGGGUUUGGCGACGCGGUCUUCUUCUAUGGAGAUCGCCUCCUGACCCACUAUAGGCCAACGCUGUUUUGCCCGCUUUACAUACCAGAUGACUCCAGUCCCCGAAAUCUCUCAGGCUGUUACCACUGGAUUACGGAUGUGGUUUGGGGCCGGCGUGUGGUCCUGCAGAUGGAGCUGAGCCAAGCAGAACCUUGCGAGUGCACUCUCCUGGACUUCCUGGGCUUUUGCCGAUGA